AUGCUUCAGGACAAGGGCCUUUCUGAGAGCGAAGAGGGCUUCCGAGCCCCAGCCCCUGCACAUGGCGAGCAGGCCUCAGCUCCAGAGCCAGCUUUGGGUGGACAGGGCCUUACUGGUACUCCCCUCAGCAGCCCCCAGGGGGUUCGGUGUGAUUGCUUGUCCUCUCCCCACUUCCCCCAGACAAUCGAGAAUAUCAAGGUGACUCUGCACGAGAAGGAACUCUGGAAGAAAUUUCACGAAGCCGGGACCGAGAUGAUCAUUACCAAAGCCGGCAGGAGAAUGUUCCCCAGCUACAAGGUGAAGGUCACAGGCAUGAACCCCAAGACCAAGUACAUUUUGCUGAUUGACAUCGUCCCAGCAGACGACCAUCGAUAUAAAUUCUGUGAUAACAAAUGGAUGGUGGCAGGAAAGGCAGAGCCUGCGAUGCCAGGAAGAUUGUACGUGCAUCCAGACUCUCCAGCUACGGGGGCACACUGGAUGCGGCAGCUGGUCUCCUUCCAGAAGCUGAAACUGACCAACAACCACCUGGACCCUUUUGGGCAUAUCAUUCUCAACUCCAUGCACAAGUACCAGCCACGGCUGCACAUUGUGAAGGCCGAUGAGAACAACGCCUUUGGUUCCAAGAACACAGCUUUCUGCACGCAUGUGUUCCCAGAAACGUCCUUCAUUUCAGUGACUUCCUACCAGAACCACAAGAUUACUCAACUGAAAAUCGAGAAUAACCCAUUUGCCAAAGGAUUCCGGGGCAGUGAUGACAGUGACCUGCGUGUGGCUCGCUUACAGAGCAAAGAAUAUCCAGUGAUUUCCAAAAGCAUCAUGAGGCAGAGACUUGUCUCCACUCAGCUUUCUGCUAAGCCCGAUGUAAGCCCCCUGCAUGGAGCCCACCAGGCUCUCCAGCACUAUCAGUAUGAGAAUGGGGCACAUAUGCAAUUUGCUGCAGCCGAAGGGCAAGACCUACCCCUUAACACCUUCCCAGGGCAGAGAGACUCCGGACUGUUCUAUCAUUGCCUGAAGAGGCGAGACAGCAGCAGGCACCUGGACUUACCGUGCAAGCGCUCCUAUCUAGAAGCGUCAUCCUCGGUGGGAGACGAUCACUAUUUCCGCUCCCCUCCCCCUUACGAGCAGCAGAUGCUAAGUCCCUCCUACUGCAGCGAGGUGACUCCGCGGGAAGCCUGCAUGUACUCAGGUUCUGGGGCUGAGAUCGCCGGAGUGUCAGCGGUGGAUGACCUGCCCCCACCGCCGCUGAGCUGUAACAUGUGGACGUCGGUGGCGCCGUACACCGGCUACAGCGUUCAGACAAUGGAGACUGUGCCCUACCAGCCUUUCCCUGCUCACUUUACUGCCACUACUAUGAUGCCCCGGCUCCCCUCCGUGUCCACGCAGAGCUCCCAGCCUCCAGGGAACACCCACUUCAGCAUCUACAACCAGCUCUCACAGGCCCAGGCCCGGGAACGAGGGCCGUCCACCUCAUUUCCUAGAGAGCGUGGGCUACCCCCGGUGUGUGAGAGGAAGCCCCCGUCCCCGCACCUGAACCCCGCCAACGAAUUCCUCUACUCCCAAAGCUUCUCCCUGUCCCGUGAGUCUUCCUUACAGUAUCAUUCGGGAAUGGGGACAGUGGAGAACUGGACUGACGGGUGA